CUGGUGCACAGGGAGCUGCUGAAAGUGUAUCUAGGAGCGAGCGAUUCCCAGCUGACUGUCUCUCAUCGGGAUGAUGCCCUGUGUGCGCAGACAGGCCCCGCCAUAAACAGCAGAGGACACCAGUCGCUUUAUCUCUGCUCUAUCCAGAGAUCCUUAAGGAAUAGUUAUCUGCGGCGUGGAAUUGGGGCUCAUUCCCACACAAGAUGGAAUCUGCUUCUGGCCAGUACAGGAGGAGUAGAAUGCCUAGCAUGAUGUUGGCACUGUGGGCAAUCAUAUCAGUAGCUAUAAAGUUCCCUGGUAGCCUGGCAUCAGUGGACCAGGCACAAGGAGCAUACUUCCUCCCUGAAUUUGCUCUGUCUCCUCAAGGGAGUUUCCUUGAAGAUACAGCCGGGGAACAAUUUCUGACUUACCGUUAUGAUGAUCAAACAUCAAGAAUCACCCGUUCUGAUGAUGAUAAAGAUAAUGGCUGGGAUGCCUGGGGAGCCUGGAGCGACUGUUCUCGUACCUGUGGAGGCGGAGCAUCCUAUUCUUUGCGUCGGUGUCUGAAUGGCAGGAGCUGCGAGGGUCGGAAUAUACGAUACAAAACAUGCAGCAAUAAUGAUUGCCCAUCUGAUGUUGGAGAUUUUAGAGCACAGCAGUGCUCGGCACAUAAUGAUGUUAAAUACCAGGGACAAUAUUAUGAGUGGCAGCCGGUCUACAAUGAUGCAACUGCCCCCUGUGCUCUCAAAUGCCAAGCCGUGGGGAAGAACUUUGUGGUGGAACUUGCUCCCAAAGUACUUGAUGGCACUCGCUGUAAUACAGAGUCCCCUGAUAUGUGCAUCAGUGGCAUUUGCCAGGCCGUGGGCUGUGAUCGACAACUUGGGAGCAACGCCAAGGAAGACAAUUGUGGGGUUUGUGCAGGAGAUGGUUCCACGUGCAGGCUGGUUAGGGGACAAGCUAGGCCUCAUGUCUCCUCCGAAAAGAGAGAAGAAACUGUAAUUGCUGUACCGCAUGGAAGCCGCAGCGUGAGAAUAACAGUGAAGGGACCAGCUCACGUCUUUAUUGAAUCAAAAACUUUGCACGGUGAAAGUGGGGAGCAUAGCUUCACCAGCCCUGGCUCUUAUGUGAUCGAAAACACAACAGUUGAAUUUCAAAGGGGCUCUGAGAGGGAGAUACUAAAAAUACCAGGUCCACUCCGAGCUGAUUUCAUCAUUAAGAUCAGGUAUGCGGCUCCUAAAGACAGCAUUGUGCAGUUCUAUUUCUACCAACCAAUUAGUCACCAAUGGAGACAGACAGACUUCUUUCCGUGCACAGUAACAUGUGGAGGAGGGUAUCAACUAAAUUCUGCUGAAUGUGUGGACAUUCGAUUAAAUCGGACUGUUGGUGAUCAUUACUGUAAUUAUUAUCCUGAAAACAAGAAGCCAAAACCCAAACUGAAGGAAUGUAACAUGGAGCCCUGUCCUUCCAGUGAUGGGUUUAAGGAGAUAAUGCCGUAUGACCAUUUCCAGCCUCUCCCACGGUGGGAACAUAAUCCUUGGACAGCAUGUUCUGUGUCCUGCGGAGGUGGAAUUCAACAAAGAAGUAUUGUUUGUGUAGAGGAGACCAUGCAUGGAGAAAUACUGCAAGUGGAAGAAUGGAAAUGCAUGUAUGCCCCUAAGCCUACCGUUAUGCAGACUUGCAACCUCUUUGACUGUCCAAAAUGGAUGGCAAUGGAGUGGUCACAGUGCACUGUGACAUGUGGCCGAGGAUUGCGGUACAGAGUGGUAUUGUGCAAUGAUCACCGUGGGCAGCAUACAGGAGGAUGCAAUCCCCAGCUAAAACCACACAUAAAGGAAGAAUGUGUUGUUCCAGUGCCAUGCUUUAAACCCAGAGAGAGGUUCCCAGUGGAAGCCAAGCAUCCAUGGCUCAAACAAGCUCAGGAGCUGGAAGAGACUAAAACAGCGUCUGAUGAACCAACGUUUAUCCCAGGAGCCUGGUCUCCUUGCAGUGUUACCUGUGGCAGAGGAAUGCAGAGGAGGGAAGUCAAAUGUCGUAUACUGCUGUCAUUUACUCAAACUGAACUGGAAUUGCCUGAUGAAGAAUGUGAGGAGGAAAAACUUGAUACAGAAAGAUCCUGCUAUCUUCUGCCUUGUGAAGGUGAUCCUGGCACUCAGGCAUCAGAACUUCCUCCACACAAUAUAGAAUCUUCUCAGCUGUAUGACUGGGAAUAUAUUGGUUUUACUUUGUGUUCCAGUUCAUGCUCGGGAGGAACACAAGAAGCAAUUGCAGUUUGCCUUAAUAUGCAGACAAAGCAACCUGUGAACAACUCUAUGUGUGACAGUUCAAUGCGUCCACCAGCAAUGGCUAGAGCCUGCAACACAAAGCUUUGCCCACCAAGGUGGAAUACUGGUUCCUGGAGUCGGUGCUCAGCCACAUGUGGUGUGGGAAUACAAACAAGAGAUGUCUAUUGUUCCAGUGUUUCAGAAUCUGGUAAUAAUUCUGAACAAGAGUGUGGUACUGAAAGGCCUUCAGCAAUACAACCCUGCAACCAGAUUGACUGCUCUCCAGCCUGGCAUACAGAGGACUGGCAACCGUGUUCACGGACAUGUGGAGGAGGUGUCCAGAAUCGCAGAGUGACUUGUAAACAGUUGUUGGCAGAUGGGAGCUUUCUGAAGCUUGUGGAUGAACUAUGCCAAAUGCAGAAGCCAGGAAGUCACAAGCCAUGUGGGAAAGCAGACUGUCCCCCGCAGUUAACUACAGGAGAGUGGUCCAAGUGCUCUGCAAAAUGCAGUGUCGGGAUCCAGAGAAGGAAGAUGAUAUGCCUGAAGAUAACAGCCAAGGGCCACCUAAUUCCUAUCAAUUAUUCACAUUGCCAUGGACUCCCUGCCCCAGCACUUGUUAGGUCAUGCCAUAUGGGUGUGUGCCAGACUAAACAACAUAGCCCAAGCAGAGAAAUCAACACAGAAUCCCCAGAAAUCCUCAGCAUCCACCGUGUCUACAUUCAAACUAGACAAGAAAAACGCAUAAAUUUUACUAUUGGUAGUAGAGCGUAUUUACUUCCAAAAACUUCAGUCAUCAUUAAAUGCCCAGUGCGGGGGUUCCAAAAAUCUCUUAUAAAAUGGGAAAAAGAUGGCCAGCCACUGAAAUAUUCCACAAAACUUGGUGUUACAAAGUCUGGAUCACUGAAGAUACAUAACCUAGAGGCGCAGGAUAUUGGAAUAUAUAAGUGUUUUGCAAACUCAGCGCAUGAAACUUUUGUUCUCAAGCUUAUUGGCACAGAUAAUAGACUUCUUGAAGCUCCAACUUUUGAAAAGGAUCACAAUGAAGCCAAUAAUUUAGGAGCAAAAUGGCAUAAAAUGAGCAAAAUGUGGAAAUUAUGGAACAAGAAAAAUAAUUUGUAUCUGGAAGACAGCCAGACACAAGAUGAACUAGUCUUACGAAAUCUUGAAACCCUGGUAAGUAACUCAGCGGAGGUGUUUGGCUCUCAAGACUUUAAAGAGAAGAGAUUGGAAGCAGCAGUUCUACAAGGUGCUUAUAGUAUGGACACAGCUGAGUUCGAAGCUCUAGUCAAAAAUAUGAGUGAGCUUAUUGAAGCUGGGGAAAUAAGUGAUGAAUUUGCAUCGCAGAUUAUCUCACAGGUAGUGAAUGAACUUUCCAAACCUCAAUCCACAACUGAAAAGUGGAAACAACCAUAUGAAAACAACAAAUCAGACACCAGUUAUAUUAACAAAGAACCAUAUGCAUCAGUGCAUUUCCACAUUAAAGACACAGAAGUGGAUAGUGGCAGGCAAAGGCCACAAAUUAUUCGCAAGCAAAAACAUGGUCAAGUAAUGUCCACUAACAGAACCUUGCAUUUAAUUAUUGGAAAUUCUGCCUUUUUUACUAAUAAUACACAGUUUAUCACUAUACAGUGUGCAGUAACUGGGGACAUUAUUACAAAAAUUACUUGGACCAAAGAUGGAGGGCCAUUGACAUCAUCUGAAAAGGUUGCAAUGGAAAACAAUGGGAUAUUACAAAUUCGCAAUCCAAGUGAUAAAGAUGUUGGUUUAUAUGAAUGCAAAGCAAUAAAUGAGUAUGGCUCUGAUAAGGAAUCUUCAAGACUGCAUUUUGCAGAAAGACCUGUCAUCCAAUCGUCUGAAAAGAAUAUCACAUACCUGGAAGAUGGCAGCAUUAUUGCACUUGUGGGUGGUACUGUCAUGGCAAGGAGGGGAGUAAAUGUAAUGGUGCAGUGCCCUGUAAAAGGUUUCCCUCACCCCAAAGUAACUUGGUUAAAGAAGGAAUAUUCUCUGGCGAACAAUUCUUUUCUACUCUCCAACGGUUCCCUAAUGCUCACCAACGUAUCAGAUGGAAAUGAGGGAACGUACUUCUGCAUAGCAACCAAUGCCCUUGGAAAAACGGUAGCAAUGUCUAUGCUUCGAUUAUCAGGUCACAGAAUGCAAGACUCACAAGAUGAACAGUCCAAGGGGAAAGGCAGGCGGAGAAUUAUGAUGGCUUCUGCCAGUGGCACUCAUAUUCUGGGUAAAGCGGGAGACCUCUUGCGUAUAGGUUGCCCAGUGCAAACCAGCCUUCGGAAUGCAAUACACUGGUUUUUUGGAUUGCAGCCCAUUGAAGGAAUUGAAGGGUUCCAAUACAGAGUUCUAGUCUCUGGUCGUGUUCUGGAAAUAUAUCCCUUAUCUGUGCAGUCGGCUGGAGAGUACAGAUGUUGGACUUCGAAUAAUUCAAAGGCGAUGUCGGCUUGGGUGAAUGUCACACUGCAAAGUUACCAUUUAGAAUAUGGAGAAUGGACUCAGUGCUCAGCUCCAUGCGGAAACAAUGGCACCCAGAGCCGCACACAACAAUGUAUUAAUGCCAAGGGGCACAGAGUGAAUGACUCAUUGUGUGAACAUCUUCAUCCUUUAGUGAUUAUGUCUCAGACAUGCAAUAGAAAGGACUGCCCAGCAAGAUGGUUUACAGGUGCUUGGUCUGACUGCAGCACCUCAUGUGGCACAGGAAUCCAGCAACGACAAGUGACUUGCCAACAGACAAAGUCCGAUGGAAGCAUAAAAGUUCUUUCUUCCAGUUCCUGUCAAUAUGCUGACCAUCCAGUGACACAAAAGCCAUGUUCUUCUGAUGCUUGUGUAGACUGGAUUUCUCAGCCCUGGGGGCAGUGUUCGAAUCAGUGCAUUGGACAAGGAAUGGGGUUGCAGCAUCGACAAGUGUUGUGCCAACACCACAAUGGCACUACGGUGCCGGAAGCUUCAUGUGACAGGAAAAAGAGGCUAGCAGCCAGAAAAACAUGUUCGUCUGAAAUGUGUGAUGUGUAUUGGAGGACUGGCCCCUGGAGACCCUGCACUGCUGCGUGUGGUAACGGUUUCCAGUCUCGGAAGGUAGACUGUGUGCACAAGAAGAACAGCAAAGUGGUGGCUGACCAGUACUGUGUGUGGAAACGGAGGCCAACAACUUGGCAGCACUGCAAGGCCACAGCCUGCGGAAAGGGAGAGUGCAAGGACACAACUCACUACUGUACAUUUGUAAAACAUCUUAAGUUAUGCCACAUAGAUCUCUACAAACAAAGGUGUUGUGAAUCGUGUAAUGGAGCAUAACUCUUCUUCUGAAACAAACAAACAAACCCAAACUGAAGAGAUACGAAGAAAUUCUACCAAUGUGUAUAAAGUCUGUACAUAGUAAAGUUUUUAGCCAAAUUGGCACCAAAGGGAUCCAGAUUUGCAGUAUCUAUAACAUAGUCCAUCCUUUGUUAACUAUUCCCUAGGGAUCUCCUGAACACUAACAAUGAAAGCACAUUGUGUGAAGUCUUUUUUGUAACUAACCCGCUUAUGAUGAAAUAGGUGUGAUAUUAGUGUAUGUAACUGAGCGCCACAAAGUGGUUAAAUGGGAUGUGGGUGUAUUGAAGAGGAGCUUAGCUCUCUGGAUGUUGCUACACUUUGGGCUGGCUCGGGAUGUAGGGAACGUUAUGAAGGAAACACCUGUCCUGAUUGAGAGAAUAACCCUUAUAUGCAGAACUUUCAUUGGUAGAAACUGGGAAUAUUCAAUGCUGUCUGAUCAUCUAUCCUCCUGUGCAUUGGCAGGACCUAAACAGAUUUUGUUCUGGAUGUUGUAUUAUAUGAUAUUCUAUGAAGCGAUUUCAGUGGGGAUAUUUCCCAAUAGCUGCCCAGAGCAAUACUAAUAUUGGUCAAAGCAAGUGGUGCUGGAUUAUGUGGAUACCCAGGCUGGUUGACCAACUUAAUUGGCCUAUCAAAUGAAAGUCUCCCUAAAGUAUGUCAUGUGAGGAGACCUAACAACCACUGGAGGAAGUAGGAAGUAAAUUGUCCAUGUUUAUUUUUGAAUCACUUGUCCUGUAGUAAUUAGACAGCAUAUAUACACAAUAUAACCACAGGUCUCAAUGUAUAAACAAUUACCUCCAUCCCCUAACCCAGAUAUAUUAGGGUUAGUAAGUGUUGCACUUGAUUUAUCUAGCUGAAAUGAUGCAUGGAAUGCAAAAUGCAGCGGUGAAAUGUGGGGUUUGGAGUGGUGACAAAACUGAGUAGAAUCACUGGUGGAGAAGUGAAAUCCUGCCAGAAACAGAAUGAACUGGGAAAUGGCAGAAUGUUCACUGAAUAGAAUCACUGGUGGAAUAGUAGAAUGUUCUUAUGAAUAGAAAACAAAAAUGAUGAAUGCAAUAUAAAGACGCAACAUCAAAAGUUACUUUGAUGGAGAGAAGCUUUUAUUAUGAAUAAUCUGUACAAAGAAAUAUAUACUAAUAGAGUUGAGUGUAUACUAACAGAGUUGAUGGGGGAUUAGUUCUGCUUACUCCAGUUCUACAUAGCCAGCCAGGGAUUUCUAUGCAACGGCAUCAGAUCCCAACAGGUAGAGCAGGGGUUUCAUUUAAGCCUUUAUGUUUUAUGAAUGAACUUUGUAUCUGUGCAGUAUUUGAAGGAAUCAGUGCGUUCAACAAACUAUGCAGCGGCAGAUUUGUUGCAUUAAAUAUGACAUCUGCAAAUGUCAUACAUGUAUUUUAAAAAGCAAUUGAACCAUGGGUACGGGUUUUAUUGGGAAAUUGUGCUAUACAGAGAUGGUGGAGACAUUAAGAAGGGAUUGAAGGGCUCUACUGAGCCAGUGCAAUUUUAGAAACAGCUUUAAAAGCACAUUUUCUUACUGAACCAAGCCUAAAUUGGAGAAAGUAGGAAGGCACACACUAUAAUCACAAAAUGGCUCUAAUCCAUUUAUUUUAAGCCACAGAUGUCCUGAAGCAAGGCCUACCAGCACAGGGAUAGGUCACUUACUAGGAAGCGACACCGUUAAGAAGCCUCACCGCCAGUGCCUGACAGUCUGCCAGCUGUGCUAAGCUGGGAACAAGGACUAGCUCAGCUCUGCAACUUUUUCUUCAGAUCCCCAAAAAUCUUAUGAACAAAGAAAUGAACAUUUUGCUUUACUUAAUGUACCUUAAUGAGCACAUCAGGUCAGAAAUGGAUUGGCCUUACCUAA